GUAAAGCAGAAUGAAAGGUCUGAGGGGAAGGUGGCAGUCUUGUCGCUGAUUCUUGCACUUGGCCGCGUCUUUUGUUCCUGAGAGAGAGAGAGAGAGAGGGAGAGAGAGAGAGAGAGAGAGAGAGAGAGAGAGAUUGCUCCGCCAGUCGCGGUGUGUGCUGUGUGCGCGUGAGGAGCUAACGGAGCGCGGUGGUGUAACAGAGAGCUCUACAGAUAAACAGAGAGACAGACAGAGAGAUAGAGAGAUAACGGGAGGAAGGAAAGGAGAGAUUCCUGGUGGAUGUGUAAAAUGGCGCGAGGGCGCGCGACUCCCGGGGACCAGCGCUUGUCGUAGGAAGCCGCUUUCUCUCCUCUCCUCUCCUCUCCUCUUUCCUCUCCUCCUCUCUCCUCCUCUCUCCGGUGUGGCUUUGUGUUUAUCCGCGCACACAUUUGGGAAAGUGAUGAACAUGGCGACGGAAAGGCGCCUCCUGGCUGCUGCGCGUCUGCUCGGCAUCUGGCUCGCCGCUUUUAUCGGCGUGACCUGUGGAGCCGAGCUGUCCUUCACUUUGGAGCCCAGUGACAUCAUCGCGGUUCAGGAACAGCCGCUGAUGCUGCACUGUCAGGUGGAAGGGAUUCCACCAAUCACCACGCAGUGGAGGAGGAACGGCGCGCUCUUACUGGAGGAUAAGAACUACGCCACGUUCAUUAACGGCUCGCUGCUGAUUGGCCGAUUCCUGAGGAGCAGGACCGACGGCUCUUCAGACGAGGGAGACUACGAGUGCGUGGCCCAGAAUUCCUUUGGGCUGGUCGUCAGCCGCAAGGCCAGAGUGCAGGCUGCCACGAUGGCGGAUUUUCACGUGCACCCGCGCUCAGUGCGAGCGGAUUUAGCAGGUGUUGCACGUUUUCAGUGCCAAAUCCACGGUCUGCCCGAGCCGGUCAUCAGCUGGGAGAAAGACGGUCGUGCUGUGGACACAAGUGAUGAGAGGUACACACUGUUACCCACAGGUGUGUUACAGAUUACGGGUGUUCGCCCGGAGGAUGGCGGAGUGUUUUGCUGUGUCGCUCACAACAGUGCAGGAGUCAAACACAGCGCUGGAGCUCGUCUCACUGUCUCAGGCUCACAGUCUUCUGUUUACAAAGACCCCAUGAUCCUCGUCGGCCCUGAGAACCUCACUCUCACCGUGCACCAGACGGCCAUCUUGGAGUGUGUGGCUACGGGAUAUCCCCGCCCCAUCGUGUCCUGGAGCCGCCUCGAUGGACGUCCAAUCGGAGUUGAAGGCAUCCAGGUGUUGGGUACAGGCAACCUGAUGAUCUCAGACGUCCGUGUGAAACACUCAGGUGUCUACGUCUGUGCAGCCAACAAACCGGGAACACGUCUGCGUCGAACAGCUCAGGGUCACCUGGUGGUGCAGGCUCCAGCGGAGUUUGUUCAGCCUCCUCAGUCCAUCGCACGCCCCGUUGGCACCACCGCCAUCUUCACGUGCCUGGCACAGGGCGAGCCUUCUCCUCAGCUCACGUGGCUAAAGAACGGCCAGAUCCUGGAGCCCGGUGGUCACGUCAAGCUCAGGAACAACAACAGCACGCUGACCAUCUCCAGCAUCAGCCAGGAGGAUGAAGCGAUAUAUCAGUGUAUAGCGGAGAACAGCGCCGGCUCGUCUCAGGCCAGCGCCCGUCUCACGGUCCUGUGGGCCGACGGGUUGCCGGGAAUCCCGACCGGAGUACGCGCCGACGCUCUCUCGCCAACCUCCAUACAGGUGUCAUGGAAGGAACCAGCCCAAAACACACAGGACAUCAUCGGCUACGUGCUGCACAUCCGCAAGACGGCAGACCCGAUGGAGAUGGAGUAUCAGGAGGCGGUGAGUAAAGUCACCCUCCAGCAGGUGGUCGCUGAUCUCGAACCCUCCACAAGCUACAGCUUCUAUGUGAAGGCCUACACCUCACGUGGAGCGAGCAAAGCCUCCGCCACGGCCCAGGAGAGCACACUCGGAGAAGUUCCCGCUCCUCCGUAUCUCCACACUAAGCUGGUGAACUCCAGCGUGGUGCAGGCGGCCUGGGAGCCGUCCACUAAAAUGGGUCAGCACGACGGCUUUAAGCUUUAUUACCGCAAAGCCCACGAGCCGCAGUACACGGGCCCCAUCACCUUCUCCCGCAACGUCACACACUACAACAUCUCUCUGAUGGAUCCAGCAGCAGUGUAUGAGAUCAAGGUUCUUGCAUUUAAUCAGUACGGGGAUGGAAACGCAACUCUGCGCUUUGUAUCUCUGAAGGAGGCAGUGGAGAAGUCAGUCUCGAAUACUCCAUGUGACUGUACCAAGGAGGAGCAGAAUAAAAGUUCCACUACCGGCAUCAUCAUCGGCAUCCACAUCGGAGUCACCUGCAUCAUCUUCUGUGUCCUCUUUCUCAUGUUCAGUUACCGGGGAAGGUUAAUGGUGUGUAAGACUGCUCAGGCUGCUCCUCAGGUGGGUCGUGACGCGACGGUUCCUGCAGCAGCCGUGGUUCUGGAGUCUUCCUCGUCUUCACAGGGAGCUCUGGCCCUCAACGGCCUGCACACGUCCAGCAUCGACAAUAACGGCGUGAAGUGCAUCGGCGUCUCGAGUGAGAGGGAAAGACUCGUCUCAGGUCCAGCUGAUGCUGCACACAUGAUGGAAAACUUGCUAGUCUCCUGUUCACUAAACGAAACUCAGAUGUCCACGCUUCCUCUGGAUGAUUUCAGCCUGAUGGAGGAACACCAGGUACCUUAUCGUACUGAAGUCCAGGUGGAUGAAGGAUAAACAUGAGCUGUUGUCGUAAAAAUCCACUCAGUAAAGUCCUCUCCCUCUCAGGUCAACCGAAAUAUUUCCUAUUUUCAGUUUUUUUAUUUGAAAUUCUCAUAGAGUUUAUUAGUUAAAUACACACAUUUACAGGGAAUUCGCUGGACUCUAUAACUGGGAGAGCGUUAAAAAAAGGUAUAAUUCUGCCACGGACUGAUUUCAUCAUUGGAAGGGGAAUAAAGUGAGAUUUCUUUUUUUUACCAGCAGCACAAAGACACACUUUUGUUUUUUGUUUUUUUUGUUUUUUUUUGUUUUUGUGAGUCCUGCUGCCUGCUUUCAGCCUGCCAAUGAUUUCACAACCCCAUCCAGCGAAGACUUCAGCCUUUUCUCCAGGGAUUUUAAACUGCUCCUAUUAUCUCAGGAUGUUAUUUCUUCCACAGUGUCAAUAUAUUUUUCUUUAAAUGGCCUCCGGGUUUUAAAUCAUGGCGGCUCCCCCCGAAUCCUGGGGUUUACAACAGAAACCUACCUCAGCCGGAAUGAAUGUGUUGUAGGAAGCAUUUUUUUUGUUGUUUUUGCAUUUCUGCGUCAGUUCGGUGUGUUUGGUUUCUUUACGUGUCGAACGUUCGGUCAGAAAACAAGAAGAAAACAAGAAGAAAACAAGAAGAACGGGUGCUGCCCUACCUCAAACACCAAGAUCCACCGUUCAUCUACUCUCGUUUAAGGGAAAACGAGGAAAAAUAUCCAACUUAUAGCACUUCCAAACGUUGAAGUCAAUGUUCUACCUCAAGAUAACAACACUGUUGUUGUCGUUGUGCUUUGUUUUUCAUAAUGAAACGUAUUUCUGUUUUUUUUUUUUUGCUUUGUUUCUUUUAUUUUUUGGUGUGUGUGUACCUCAUUCAACUUCACGGAUGCCAUCAUUGUCAAUUCUGCCAUUUCUUUUCCACAUUGUGUAGGGUUUAUAUGUAUUUUUUGUACUUAAAAAAAACGUACAGUUUAGUUAGCUCUAAAGACUGUUAGAGAUGCAUUGCACUUCUACUAAUAAUUUCAGGAUCAAUUUUUAUUCCAUUCACCGUGUGUUAUGAAGAAAAGAUGAGAUACUGUAUAUCAGCCACGAACACUGUAUGUAUGUACAAACAUCCGUGUGGUGGACGUCUGUAAUUGUAUUGUCUGACAAUGGGAAUAGUGGGGAGCGAUUAAUAAUAUAUGUGUAGAUAUAUAGAUAUGGGAGUCAAGCACAGAUUUAUCAUGGUGGGAAUACAGACCCGGUGAAAUGGCAGGAUGUCAGUAAUAUGAUUUUGAUUCGGUGCGAGCCGUUCGUCAACGUCACUGUGUGAUAAUUUCAUCAGGAAUAAAUUCAUAAAUAAAUCCAUUCAGCCUGGCCUGUCAGAGCAGACAGGAGGUGCGUGACCUGUCCAUCAACUGCCAAGUAAAGCUCCUCCCCCAACACCAUACCAGAGAAUGAAUAGAGCUACAUUACACACACACACACACACACACACGUGCUAAGCCGGGCGUAUUGAAGAAAUGGACAUCCUAAGGAUGUGUUCAUACUUUUAGCCUUAACAUGAAUAUUAUUUAUAUUUUCUACAGUACAUUCAGCGAAGCUAAAUGUUUCCUUAGCAAGGGGACGUAUCACUAAAAUGCAACCAAGUUCGCGAGGAUUAGCAGAUUUUAUCUGUUAUAUAUCGUUGUUCAUGUUUCUGAAAAUGAACUACAUUCCAAACGAUGUUCCGGUGAAGAUUUCUGCAUGAUAUUUAUCAAGAUGUUUGUGUUUGUUGAGGGUUUGCAGACAAAGCGCCGUGACAGGUUCUGGGAUUUUUAACCAGCAAUUAUAAUUCCAAAAGUAUUUUAGAAAGAAAAGGAGGGAAAGAGUUGUAUGGUGGUCUGGGAAAACCCUUCAGGCAGAAUGUUAGAAGACGUGGAACGCCAAAAGUGACAAAAAUAGUUUUUUUGACCAAAAUUUGACCAAAAAGGUUUUUUUUUUAAUGUUAAUAAUAUAUUCUGACAUCUGUCAUCUUCUUUGUACCACAGAAAUUUGGUAACGAUUACAAUAUUUUAUUAAUUGAUGAACGUCAUACUUUUUAUCCUUUUACAGUCACAAUUAAUGUUUACUGAAACAUGGUAGUUUCUGUCAUCACUGAACAUUAUAGCAGCUAUAAACAGUCAUUCCCUCACCAGCAUCUCUUUUUUCCUCUCUCAAGGUUAAUAAGACAAAAAACACAGCUUAUGUUACCAAGAAAACACAAAGACUAUCACGUCAGACAACGUAAAAAGGUUACAGCUUAACCUUACACAGCCAGAAAUGAUGAAAAAUCUGCCAAUAACAUAGUUUCACACCUCAUCUUUAAAAAAAAAACAAAAAAAAAACAUAAAUAUUAUCUUGUACCCAACAGACAGAAGGAAAUGUUUUUUUUAAGGCUACUUUCAGUCCUUGCUUUGGCUAACUUCCUGUGAAGCGAUUAAAACAGUCAGUCUGAGUAAAAGACGUCUAAAACCUUGCUAGCUAAGUGUGAUUUCAGUGAAGGUCACGCUUUGAUCGAGUUGCUGGAGAGCUAACUAAUCAGAGGAGCGCUUAGAAUCAGUUCGGUUUGUAAUCAUAUGAACUGCCAAAAUGUCUAUGAUGCUCCUGCGCUGCAGUAGGAACAAACCCUUUAAAUACAAUUUUCUCUUUUUCACAAGACUUUAAAAUGCUAAACCUUUACUUCAGGUACAAAAGAUAAAAAAAGGAAAAGUCUGUAGAUUUCACAACUAUAGAUAGUAGAAAAUGUUGAAAUUUCACCACAUGAAGGAUUUUCCCAGGCCGCCACGCGUAUCGUUUUAAAGCCCAGUCAGUUACUCUUUCCUGUUUGGAUCAUGAAUCAUGAAUCACUGCUGUUACACCGUGAGUGCGUCUCCACCGCAUGACGAGACCCUGCUCCAGAGGAAGCAGUCUGAUUGGUCGAUGCUCAGUGAUGUUUACUUCUCAUUUGCAUAAAGGAGUUUUUCCCUGCUCUCGUUGCUUGCUUGGUGCUGCUCUGGCUCCGUCAGGAUUUUUGGCUGUCUCCAGAAAAAAUAAAUAAAUCAAUAGAACCAGGACAAAAAAAGUGCAGUUUGUCACUGCAAUGUGAAUGUUACAGUUCACAUUUUUGCCUGUAUUCAUCAGCGUAGACUGUAGUUACACUGUACAGCAAACUAAGGAGUCAGGUUAUUGCCUGUAGAAUUGCAGUGAUUGUUUUAGUGCCAGAUAUUUUUGGUAGUUUGUACAGUUUCUGUCUCAAAUACUCCAUUUAUUACACAGAGCUAGUUACAUCAUAGUUGAUGUUUUCCUGGAACUUAGUGUGAAGAAGUCAUGACUUUUAAACCAGACAGUGUGGUGUGGUUAACAAAUCCGUCAUCCCACAUUUUUUCAUCAUUUCCAUUGCCAAGCAAGUCGUAAUUGGUUGCUUUUCAUGCCAGGGCACUGAUUGUCCCAACCAGGGACGUGUGGGUGGAGCUAAUAAUAAUGCUGGCAACUGUUAGGUCGAAUGCAGUCAUCACAGAAUCAUCUUUCUGGCUAAAAUGGCUUUUCCAAAAAUUUCUUUUUUUUCUAAUCUCUAAUCUAAUCAAUUUUUUUUUUUUACAAUUUUAUCAUUAUCAGAGGUGCCAAAAUCUAGCCAUAUGGCAGUACAGGAGACACCUGUAAACUAUGUGUGGCACCAAGGCGUGGCAUGGUCAAGCACCGGCUGUAAUGGGAGGAGGAAUUGCAGAGAAUGAGCGGGUAAUGAGUGAGUGGUUACAUCUGUGUGGUUAAGAAUGAAGGUUAUUUAUAUGCUGUUUAUAUGCUGUGGUAAAUGAAGUGGUUAAAAAAGAAACUAUCAAUAAAAAAAGACACUUUCAUGUUUUUGUACAAGUUGAACUGUUCUAGUGGAACAGCAAUCUUCUCAGCUAAACCAGCAGUCAGACCAACCUUGAAUAAAAUACACUUUCCAGUUCACUGAAGGAGAAAGGAUGCGGGCUGCGUGAAAGAUGCAUUUGUCUCUCUUAGCAAGUACUGACUUUAUCGAGGUGAACUUUGACCUGUGAAUUCGCAAAGCUCGGUUUUGUGAAUUAUUGAAAACAAGAGGGUGGGACUGUGGUCUCUGGUUGGUCAAAACUGUUGCUAUUUUUUGCAGUAAAAUUUUUGUUUUUUCCCCUCUGCCUGCUUGGAUUUUCUUGUUAGUAAUGUUGGCUCCACUGCAAUAUAAUAAUUUGGAUUCAUUUUUAUUUAUUAACCCACAGCAAAGUAUUGGCACCCGUGGCAUCAUUUCGUCAGCUCACCAUCAUUAAAAUAAACUCAUUGUGUCUCAUGCUAAAUAUUUUUGCCUUGUUAGGAAGACAUUGUUAAAUUCUAGUAAUAUUUUACUCAUUAUCUGCAUCACUAGUCUCGUUUCCGCAACCUCCUGGGAAUUGGAGGCAAGAGUACGGAUAAUGUACCAUGCUGUGCCACGUGGUGUGGUGAAAAAGUGAUCUCUGAGCUUUUCAUUAGGGUACCUUGAAAAUAGUCUUGCAAUGAAGCUUGCUAAAUUGCAUGUUUUGCAUCGUUAGGGCUGAACCAGAUGAAUCAGGGAUUUGCGUCGGAGCCACACGCAUGCUGAUUGAGCCAGUUAGCUCUCAGAGCUGUAGGAAUUUUAGCACACAUUGUCGCUAACAUCACAGACUGAGUACCUAGUGUCCUGUAGAAGUAUUUAUCCAGCUAGGGGUGAGUGAUAUUGCAGAUACAAUAUAUCAUUUUGCUGAGGUAUUGUUAAUUAACAAAGUGCCAACAAGGGCCGUGACAGCUUCAGAAUUCAGCUUCAGGUUCAAGGAACGUGACAGUUAAGAAAUUUAUUUUUUAUGAAGAAAAGGAGAAAAAAUACAAUUGGUACAAAAAUAGUUUUUAAUGUCCAGUAGCAAUGGAGGCAGACGAUAAUGCUUAUACUUAGAAAAGUGUAUUAUAAUAUCAUUAUAUCACAACACUGAUAUCAUCACCCAUCUGUUUAAGGUGAGACACUACAGGGUCUUAAAAAAAAAAAAAAAUUGAUAUUACAAUGAAUAUUUGAUGAUUAAUUGCUGAUAAUUUGACAUCUAUUUAUCCAAAUGAGGCUUCAUGUAAUUAAAUAUGCACACAGUUGCAUACUUAAUAAAACCAAAAAUCUAGGCUUUCGAUGACACAAAUACAGCAUUCAUUAACAUUUUGGGAAAUUCCUCUGUAAUAUCCUUCUAAAUAGGGAUAAAAAUUUAAAUCCUAAAUUUCCUGAUUGCAACUCAGAUUUUUGUUUCUAAAUAUAGAAAAAAAUGAGUGAAAAAAAUGAAAGGAAAUAAAUUAUUAAAAAAAAAAAACAUAUCAUAAUGACACAUUACACUGACUAAACGUGAUGUGAUUGUGCCAAGUGGGUGGAGCUUAAACCUUUGAUUUGCUUAACAUAACAUGGUAGCCAGGAAUAGACAAAAAUAUUAUAUUUCUGUCGAGUUUAGAUAUUUGUAGUUGUAACCUUAGAUUGCAAUUCGACUGCAAAUCUAAACAAACUAAAAAAAGAUUGAUUAUUUUUACCUGUAGUGUCUCGGCUUAAAGAAACAGGACUCUUUAAUUAGGACGCAACACUAUGCUGGAUUUCCUUUUCCUUUGUGUAUCUGUAUAUAAAAUAUUACAUCUGAUAACCUACCUCAUGCUCUCAGGUCAUUAUCCGAGUGGGGAAGAUUUGAUGUAACCUGGUUUUCAUACUCGUAUAUCUCUGUGUGGAUGUAAAUGUAGGCGUCUGCUCUCUAAACGUUUGUAUCUAACACUUGUUUUAGGGUUUAAGCGCUGUAUCUGUAUCUGUAUCUGCAUCUGGUCUGCCUCAAAUGUCUGAGACGUCUCUGUAAUGAUGUAAAGUAAAGCAGCGGUUCUCAAACCUUUUUUAGUCUUAAACCUCCUUCGUGGAUGUUAAUGUCCCACGGAAAAAGUGGAAAAAAAUACUCAAGGUGCUUUCACAUGUGCCAUGUUUUUUUUGUUUUCAACCACCAGCACACAUUUUACAUGUAACCUGUGGGAAGUGGCUGCUUCUACAAAGCACUGCUGCCAAUCAUUUUUUUUGUCAUAGUAUUAAAAAAAAUUCACAAAAGUCACAAAAGUUGCAGUCUGUACUUUGGACAGCUUUAACGCUCCUUGGCAUUGAUUCUCCAAGUCUCCGAGUCUGUACUGGAGCGAUGAACACCGUUCUUACGAUAGAUGUUGAUGUUGAUGUCAGUUGAUGUUUUGAUGAUGAUGGUAGAGAUCUCUGUCAUUGUCUAACACCUCACUCCAAAAUGUUCAAUUGGAUUGAGAUUUGGUGAGUGUGAAGGUCAUAGCAUAUUAUUUAUAUCAAACUAUUCAGUGAGCUCUUGUGCACUGUGAAUGGGGGCGGAGUCAUCCUAGAAGAAAGCACGCCCAUUAUGAUAGAAAUGUUAGGAUCGAUUUGCAGUGACACUUCUCUCUAAGGAAAAUAAAUAAAUAAAUAAAUGCCCCCCGAGUGUAACAGAGGACCGUUUUUUCCUUUAAUUUCUCACUCGUUUGCUUGACAGGGCCAGCUUUAUGCCUUAUUCAGAUUUCAGUUUCUAAUCCUGUGCCCCUGUUGGUGAUCUCUGAUGGUCAUGUUUUGUUUCAGCUUCUCAGUUAUUCUCUUUUUAGAGAAGAUUAACCAGGCAGCAGGUGCUUACUAAUGCUCCUUUAGACAAAUACAGAGCAACUCAAUGUUGUUUCACAGAUACUAAGCGGAGAAAUCCAGUGGCGUCUUUUUUGUUCUCUUUCUUCAGUUUUAUCUGUAUAAUCUCUAAAAAAACAAAAAGGGUAUUAGUGUCCAUCCCGAUGGCCCUUUAUCAUCCUAAACAAACAGCCAACCCACAAUGAAUGGUCCAUUUAUCGAAAGGUUUCUCGCUGCCCCCAAAAUUCCCAUCGGGAGGACGACUUGGAGACGACCCCAUUAGCAUGUAGCGGUAUCGGGUUAGUGGCGCCACCAUGGCAACCUCGAUGCAUUCAGACCCAUUCGGCUCUGUAAAGCAAACAUCAUUUUGUGUGUGUCGCCGUCUGAGCUCUGUGAGUGCUGUCAUUCAGAGACAGGCUUUAACACAGCGUUGUGUCAGAAUGUGCUGCUAAACACAUGGAUUAUCCUCUUCAUAGUUUGGUUAUCACCCACCAAUAAUAAUGAUAAUAUUAAUAUGUGCUAAUUUCCACAAAAACUUUCCCAGUGAUCUGGUAUAUGAGUAGACACAAGUCCACUGCUUAAAAUAUGAACGUGUCAACGUGUAAACUUCAACAUGGUGGCUGCAAGCCCCACCUCUUCAGUAAAAAGAGCCAAUCGUCUUGUGAUUAAGACAUUUCCAGGAAAUUCCUGACCUCUCAAAUUCUUACACUGACACAUGCACAGAUAUAAGAGGCAUUGCUCUGCUCUAGUUAUGAAUUUGUAUGUUUUAUUUGUGUUAUUUGAGCCAAAGACACAUUAUUUACAUCAUUUUUGUCAAAUUUAACAAUGAUGUCAAAUCCAUCCUGUUGAUCCGUUUCUGGUUUAUUCCUGAGAGCGUGACCAAGAUGGCCGCCGAGUGGACAGAUGGUGUAGUGAGCUCAAGUGAAUUAGCACUUAGACUUAGCAGUAUCUGUGUUAUGUAACCUCAGUGUUAUUGAUAAGAUUUAAGUAUAUUGCUCUGGACAUUAAUCAUCAGUUUCGACAAGAGAGUCACUGUCGCAAAUCAAUCUACACACACACACACACACACACACACAAUAAAAUAUCAGGUGCUAUCUAACACAGUGACCACAUCAGCUGCUGUUUCUUUCUUCUUUCUGUUUCCAGUCCAAAAAGUCAGUUACUCAUUACUUAUUAGAAAAUGUCCACUAGCUGUCACUCAGCUCACUCUAACAUCCUCAUUUAGUAAAAUACAAAAUCAACAGCACUGUAUUUCUUGUGCAUUUAUUAAUAAAUAAUAAGUUUACACUCUUUGGAAAAAAUGGGUUUCUCCUUUUUCGGAUUACACUGAUUUUCUCCUCUUUCUAGACGUUGUGCGUUUAGCUCUGUAGAGUUAUUAUUCAUCAGUGGCCAAAUGAGGGAACUGCACAUAGAGGCCCGUUGGGGCAGGAAUCACGCUGCCCCAUGCUCACGCUCUGAACAUUUUCAGUGGAGGAGGAGCAGCAGACAGGACAGUUAAUCACAAAGUCGCGGCUUUUAUGCCAAAUUGAGCUAGUUUAAAAAAAAUUCCACAGGGUUAUUUUAAAACUUCACGAGAUAGUAGCCUACAGCAAGUGUCAAGUGUGAUAACUUUGAGGCUUUGUCUUUAUUAAUGUUGUUCUGCCUGACUAAAAUCUAUGGCCCCUGCUGAAGUCGAACUUUAACAAAACCUCGUCAUGGAAAAAGAACAAGAAAGUGUUUUGAAGUAUAAAAUCCUAAUUUCUUUUGAGAUACCGAGUCAUAAUUUUGAGAAACCUUGUUAUUAGGAAGUAGUUAAUCGUGAUUUUGUGCAUCAUAAAAAAAAGAUUCUUUUGUUGACUUCUCCAAAGAAAUACCAAAUGUAUAAAUUAAUCCUAAAAAAGAAUUCUGUGGAAUCCUAUUUAUGUUAUUUAAAAAAAAUCUAAGAAGGAUUCUCGAAAUUGUGACUUAGUAUCUCAGAAAUAACAAGAAAAGUUCUCCAAAUUCUCAAAAGUUACAUAAAAAAUAAAUAAUAGAUUCAUUUAUUUGCAUAAACCAAGGCCCAUAUUUUGCACCUUUAUCUACAAACAGCCCCCAAAAAACCACUGAAUAAUAACAAUUUAAAAAAAAAUUUUAAGUAAAAAAAAAAUAAUAAAAAAAAGAUAUUAUUUUGCUUAUGUGAACGACACAAACCUGCAUCGACAUCUUGAUUUUUUUUUGCGGGUGUUUUAAAGUUUGCACAAAGUUUUACACACACAAACCUUUAAUAAAUCAGGGUUAUAGCUAUAGUAGUGCUCAAAGGUCUGUCCUUCACCCUUGCAGUAUUAAUACACCAGUUUGUGUAGUUUGUACAGUUGUUUAUGUCACUCUACAAGCUUUAGAUUCACUGUAUGUGCGUCAUUCUUUGGUAUUCUUUAGAAAAAGUUCAGAGAUGUAGUGAAACAAAGAGAAGGCAAAGAGCAAAUCAAUAUAUUUCCCUGUAUAUCUGUUUUCUUUCUUCUCCCCAGAUCAAUGAUCUGGUUUCUGCUCUGAUGUUCUGAUGCUCUUUAUUUUCAUGUGUUUGUUUGGGAACACUGCGGAUUUGUCUCUCCGUGUUCUCUGUGUGUAAUAAAUAAAUCCAGAAGCCUCUCUCAGGCAUCGUGAUCUCCAUUUAUACAGGUACAUGUGCGUAUGUGCUGUAUGCUAGACCAUAAUAGACCAUUUUUAGUGGUUUGUGUUGUUUUAGGGUUCCAUGAGCAAGAAGAAAAAAUACGUAAAUGAUGAUAAUAAACUAGUUCUAGUAAUAAAAGUGUUUCUCAGUUAUUUA